ACGCCUGUAGGACCCCGUAUUGUGGUCGUGCCGUGUUUGUCAGCGUGAGCUGUCACUUUCAACCCAUUGAAUCAAACCGAGGACUUUCGUUUCUCUUUUUCUAAAGAUUUGAAGCAUUUCUUUUUUCUUUUAACCUUUUGUUUACGGCGCCAACAUGUUCGAGGAGGCCAGCGAGGUGUUUGAGAACAUGCUUAAGUCUUCUUUCCCGUUAACUUUCAUUGUUUUUCUGCCGGCGGUGCUAAUUCUGGUCUCUCCGCUUCCAGCCGAAGCUGCACACGAAUUUACAGUGUACCGUAUGCAGCAGUAUGACCUACAGGGACAACCGUACGGCACGCGGAACGCCAUAUUGAACACGGAGGCGCGCACGGCGGAGGCGGAGGUCCUGAGCCGCCGCUGUGUGCUGCUGCGGCUCGUGGACUUCUCCUUCGAGAAGUACCAGAAGGCCCUGCGCCAGUCGGCGGGAGCCGUGGUCCUCGUCCUGCCGCAGAACAUGUCCACCAUGCCGCAGGACAUCGUGCAGCAGUUUAUGGAGAUCGAGCCGGAGCUGCUGGCCACCGAGACCAUCGUCCCCGUUUACUUCGCUCUGGAGGACGAGGAGCUGCUGUCCAUCUACGAGCAGACCCUUGCCUCCUCUUCCUCACAAGGCUCCGCCUCUGCUGCCGAAGUGCUGCUCCACACAGCGACAGCCAAUGGGUUCCAGAUGGUAACAAGUGGCGCUCAGAGCAAGGCAGUGAGCGACUGGGCUAUCACUAGUCUAGAGGGUAGGCUGGCAGGAGUGGGAGGAGAAGAUCUCCCCACGAUCGUCCUGGUGGCUCACUACGAUUCCUUCGGCGUGGCUCCGUGGCUGUCUUAUGGUGCGGACUCCAAUGGCAGUGGGGUCGCGGUCCUAUUGGAGCUGGCCCGUCUCUUCUCCAGGCUUUACACCUACAAGAGGACACACGCAGGGUACAACCUGCUGUUCUUUGUGUCUGGAGGGGGGAAGUUCAACUAUCAGGGCACGAAACGCUGGCUGGAAGAUAAUCUGGAUCAUACAGACUCCAGCCUGCUUCAGGACAAUGUGGCCUUCGUGCUGUGUCUGGACACCCUGGGCAAUGGAGACAGUCUUCACCUUCAUGUGUCCAAGCCCCCCAAGGAAGGAAGCCCCCAGCACACACUACUGAGAGAACUCGAGACCGUGCUCUCCAGCCAGUACCCCGAGAUGAAGUUCUCCAUGGUGCACAAGAAGAUCAACCUGGCCGACGACAUGCUGGCCUGGGAGCACGAGCGCUUCGGGAUUCGCCGGCUGCCCGCCUUCACCCUGUCUCACCUGGAGAGCCAUCGCAGCGCACAGCGCACCAGCAUCAUGGACACGCGGUCUCACGUUGACUUGCAAAAGCUAAGUCGAAAUACUAAGAUUAUUGCAGAGGUGCUUGCCCGAGUCAUCUACAACCUCACAGAGAAGGGUGCCCCUGAAGAACUGCAGAUCUUCACUGAACAAAUGCAGGUGCAGGAGGAGCAGCUGUCUUCGGUCAUCAACUGGCUGACGGCUCAGCCGCGGGCGGCCCAGCUGGUGGACAAGGACAGCAGCGUGGUGAGCACGCUGGAGUACUACCUGGGCCGCUACCUCAAAGACGUCAAGAAGCACUACGUCAAAGCUGACAAGAGGGAUCCUGAAUUUGUCUUCUAUGAUCAGCUGAAACAGACUAUGAAUGCGUACAGAGUGAAACCUGCUAUCUUUGACUUGCUUCUAGCAGUGUGUAUAGCAGCUUAUCUGGGAGUGAUGUAUUUCACCGUUCAGCACUUUGGCAUGCUCUACAGUGUUGUGCGCAGAAUGACGCAACCCAAGACCAAGCAGCAAUAACAGGCGUGCUGCCUAGUUCCCAAGUUCGUCAAGACCCCCGAACUCCUGUUCUCUUCAGAAUGAAAGGAAAACAUGGGAAGCAGAACAAACAGCCAAAUGUUUUUUUAUUCCUUUUUUUUUUUCUUUAAAAAGAACAACCCCUUGCGUGGAAUUUUCAGAUGAGCCUGUAUUCUCCGUUGCUAGCACUCGGACAAGUACAGAGAAAGCUGGAGUCCCAGGAAUAUGCCUUUGCUCGACACUGCCCCCUGCUGGCUGUUCUGCUGUAUUGUUGCCCUCUUGCUCCUGAUCACAGACUGUACUGGUGAACGGUGGAGUCCUGCUUGGGGCAGCCAGACUAGUUAAGUACACAUAAUAAUGGGACAAAGCCCGGCAAGGGUUAACAGGCGGAGUCUCGUGAAUUCUCAGUAUUUGUUUAGCUCACAUGUAGCACAUCAGUGCCUUUUCCUCCAACACUACAAAAUGAAACUGCUCAUCUGAAACAGUAAUGUUGUCUUAUCUUUCCAUGAUAGUGUUCUGCAGUAUUCUUUAAAAACUGAACACUAAGCUCAUGAAUUGCAUUUCAAUAAAUUCUAGAAACUGGUAUUCAAAUAAUUAUAUUAUAAGGUAUGAAUUCUGUUAGGCACUAUUAAAAUAUAUAUAUAUAACUAUCCAGAUUCUUAUCCUAAGCAAGCACUCUUGUGAUAUGAGACAUGACCUUUCUUUUCCCAGGAGACAUUAUAAAUUCCCAACAUGUUUGCAAUGGCCAGUGCAAAAAUGCUGGCUUUUUGUAACGUUUCUAACAUUGAUCGCAAGAUUACCCAAUUUCUUUACCAUACUAUCAGACAAUUCUUGUAUUUUAGCUGUGCUUUUGUAAAUUAUUUUAUUCCUCAGUUUGGAAAUAUUACUCUCCUGAAUGGUUUUUAAUUGCAGAAAGGCAGUAUUGAAAGCAACUUUUAUACAAUGAGGCCCGCCUGGAACCUUGAAGGUUUCAUGGAGAUGGUGUAAGGGCUACUCAGUCCUUCGCUGUGAGCAAAAUAAUACAAAGGUACGAGAAUCAAACCUGCAGCUAUCAGAUCUCAAACUACAGGUCUGGGAGGAAAUAAAAAUAGGAGGAAUUUGGCAGUGCUUGAAAUGCAUUUGAGUUGCCUUGGCAACUUCUGCUGGACAGCACACGAGACCCCACCUCACUGUCCCAUUGUUAGUGUGCAAAAAAGAGCCUUCUUCAGUUUUUAAUCUCAGUUUUUAGCCAAGGAGUGUUCAGUCUCUCUCCCUGCCCCUCUCCUCUGGGUUUUGCAAAGUCUUUCUAGCAUCCUCAGGCAAAGAGGUUUAUCCUCACGGUUUAAGUGGUGAAGACUGAAGCAAGGCUUCCCCGACGAUGCAAGGCCAGAGAUGAUGGGUACGCAACCUUCCAUCUAUUUAUUGAAGCAGUGAAUGCUGAGUGGUGCACUGAAUCUUUAUUUCCCAACCCUUUGUUUACCCAGCCCCCAAUCCUGUUUUGUCUUCACCGAUUGCUGAAUCGUGUUGUAGCUGUUCCAGAAAACGUGAUUCUUGCAAAAAAAUAAAAUAAAAUUCCUCUGUUGGAUUGUU